CUCAUCAUGAUUCGUGCAGCUGUGGUUCUCUGGAUCUUAUCAGCAGUGGUCUGUGUGGGAAGAGGUGCUCAUGAUCCAUGCCAUGUCCAAAACACCACAGUGGACCGCUUCAACGAUGGAUCAGCAAUGGUGAUAUCGGCCAACAAAGAGUUUGCCUUCCACCUGUACAGGAAAUUAUCAGGUCUCUCUGACUCCCAAGGCAAAAACAUCUUCUUCUCACCUAUUAGUGUAUCUGUGGCCUUGGCUGCUUUGUCUGUAGGGGCACGAGGAGAGACCCACCAACAGAUUUUCAAUGGUCUGGGGUUCAACAUCUCACAACUGUCCCAAAGUGAUGUAGACGAAGCCUUUUGUACAAUUGUUAAAAGCGAACAAGCACAUGAACACAUCACUUCAGGUACUGUUGUGUUUGUAGACAACCUGUUCAAGACUCAGCCUGAGUUCCUGGAUGUCUUGAAGCAGUUUUACCUCGCUGAGGGCUUCAGUGUCGAUUUCACCAAAGUCAUAGAUGCUACCAAUACCAUCAAUAAGUACGUUUCAGAUAAGACCAAUGGAACGAUCGAGGAGCUGGUCGACAGCCUGGAUCCAAGUACUGUCUUGUAUCUCGUUAGCUACAUUUACUACAAAGUAAAAUGGGCAAUUGGGUUUGAUCCUGCCCUGACCAAGUUGGAUGAAUUCAACGUGGAUGAAAAUAAUAAGGUUCCAGUCCAGAUGAUGAAAAUAGAAGAACACUUUUAUACUUUUGAUGAAGAAAUCGGCACAUUUGUCCUUCACCUUCCCUUCAACAACUCCUUCACCAUGCUGCUGUUGAUGCCUGAUAAUAUGACUACUCUGGAGAACAUGAUCAGUCCCACUCAUGUUGAUAAAUGGCUGAAUGUGACAGAGUCUAGGGAUUGUGCCAUUUAUAUUCCCAAGUUUUCCAUCAAGACUUCUUACAUCCUGAAUGAUGUGCUGAAGGAAAUGGGAAUGACAGACAUGUUUGAUCAUGCAAAUCUGAGUGGUAUUUCUGAACUGCGGAACCUGACUGUCUCAGAGGUUGUGCACCGAGCUGCCCUGGAUGUUGACGAGGCAGGAGCCACUGCUGCUGCUGCCACAGGAAUUGCCAUCGUUAAAUCUGCUUGCCUGAUGCCAGAUUUGAAGUUUGAUAGUCCUUUCAUGUUGAUGAUUGUUGAACGGAGUACAAAGACUGUACUUUUCAUAGGCAAGAUUGCCAACCCAAACCUCUGA